UGUAUUUGUUUCUAACUGUGAACAUCACUUUCAUUGGGAAGCUGCUUCACUGCCUUCUUUAAUCGCGCGCGUCUGUGACGUGUUCUUGAUCCACCUGUCAGUCAGCACCGAGCUCCACGGAGAGCGAGGUGAGAGGGGAGCAGCCGUGGAGAUGACGGGACAGAGAGAUGAGGACAUACCUGAAACAGGAGCCAUCUUCACCUUUGGAAAGAGCAGCUUUGCUGACAAUGUGCCUGGUAAAUUCUGGUUGAAAAAUGAUCAUCCAGCGCAAGUGUCCUGUGGAGGAGAGCACACUGCUGUCAUCACAGAAAAUGGCAGGCUGCUGAUGUUUGGUGAUAACACUUGGGGCCAACUUGGGCAUGGAUUGAAGCCUGCUGCCAACAAACCUGCCACAGUGAAAGCCUUAAAGAAUGAGAAGGUGAAGCUUGUAGCUUGUGGGAGAGAUCACACAAUUGUCUGCACAGGGCGUGGAAACGUGUAUGCUGCUGGCAGUAACCAGGAGGGUCAGCUGGGUUUGGGUCACUGCAAUAACUCGACAUCCUUUCACUUGCUGCAUCCCUUCUGUGACCACGCACCAAUCAAAAUGCUCUCUGCAGGAUGCAAUACCUCAGCUGCCUUAACAGAGGACGGAAGGCUGUUCAUGUGGGGAGACAACUCUGCGGGUCAGAUCGGUUUAGGAGAUGAGGGGUUCUCAGCAGAACCCCGAGAGGUGGAUGUAGGGGAAGACGUGCUGUGGGUCUCCUGUGGUUACCACCACUCAGCGUUUAUCACAGUGACUGGAGAUCUCUACACGUUCGGAGAGAGCGAGCAUGGAAGGCUCGGUCUACAGGAGGAGCAGCUGGCCAAUCACAGAGUCCCUCAGAGGGUGCAAGGGAUUCUGGGCCGUGUGAUCCAGGUGUCCUGUGGAGGGGAGCACACUGUGGCACUCACAGAGGAGAGCGUGUACACAUUCGGGAGGGGUCAUCACGGUCAGCUGGGCCACGGAACGUUUCAGUUUGAAGCUGAUUUGCCAAAAACACUCGAGCACUUUUAUGACAGUAGCAUCAAGCACAUCGCCUGUGGAGAGAACCACACCGCUGUCAUCACAGACGAUGGGCUCCUCUACACGUUUGGUGAUGGUCGACAUGGAAAACUGGGGAUAGGAGAGGAGAACUUUUUCAACCGGUUCAGCCCGACACUCUGCACACGCUUCCUCAAGUACAACGUUCAGUCAGUGUCCUGUGGUGGUAACCACAUGUUGGUACUGGCCGCACUCAGACCGCCAGAGAGCCGAGAGGACGACCUGGAGAAGGACGUCACAAAUUCAGAGAACUUUUGGGAGUCGAGAUACACAGAUAUUCUCCUUCUUGAGACUUUGAUUGACCCUAAUACAGUAGUCCCACGUCCAGCCGUCACUGCUCGAGCCCGCCACCGAGAAAAAUGGAGCUCUUUAGAGCUGUUUGGGGAAAUGUUUCAGAACCUCCCACGUCUGAAUUCUGACUUCCUCAACACCUCCUGGCAAGCAUCGAGAAAUAUCCCAACCCCUAAAACCCUUUCAACAAAAACCACCCCUUCAUCGUCCCCAAGGCCAAAAUCAGUCGCAACACAAAGCCCGGUUUUAUCCUCUAAGCCUUCGAGCCCCCGGCCUCUAUCAUCAGACAUACUACAGAGUAAAUCCUCAAAAGCUGCUUCCUCCAGGUCUAAAUCCAAAGAGUUGCCUUCACCAUUACUCUCACCCAAGUCUAUAACUAAACAGAGACCUUACAUCCCAGUUACUCCUAGAAAGACUGCAAAACAGCCCGCUGGAAAGGCCUUAAUUGAAAAAUCCUUAUCACCUCUAUCACCCGCGGAGCCUAGUCUCCCCUCCAGACCCUCUAGUGAUAUCUCAAAUAAAGAUCUCAGUGACGACGGGCACUCUGUCGCACUAGAAUCAGAGGGAGAAACGCUUCAGAAACAUGACGACACUGAAGAUGUGGAGGAAAAUAUCCCAGAAGAAGAAGAAGAAGAAGAAGUUGAGCCGGACUUUUUGCCAAAUAUGGAAAAGAAGAAGGGCCGAGCUCUCAGAAGAACAACUGUGGAACAAUCUAACGGGAAGGCCGAACAGAAUUCUCACAAGGCAUUACCCACAGAGCUCUUAAGAGGCUCCAGCUUCUCAAAGAGAGACGUGUCUCCUCUGAAGAGCCCAAAGAGUCCCAGAAGCCCCAAAGUCACAUCCAAGGGAAAGAAGGACAUUCCCAAGCGGUCCAAUAAAAUAAAAAAUCACGACGAGGGGCAACCUCUAAAGGGAUCGCCCCGAUUUAAACCCCUCAAACGUGAUGAGAGCAAAUUAUUAGAAUCAAGCCAAAAGUCUCCCCAAUUAGUCCAGAAGACACUUACAGAAGCCCGGCAGAGACUGACUGAACUGAAGGAAGAUAGCAAGAAAGAAAAAAAAACUUUAAAGAAGGCUUCUAUUGGGACGCACAAAAAUGAAAAAACUAAAUCACCAGCCUGCGACCAGACCUCUCCUGCUAUCAAGGUCACAAAAGUAGAUGAAAUGACCAGCUUGUCUGUUCAAAGUGGAAGUCCGACAUCAGCAGGAAACGUUUUAAAGGAAGAUUUAGAAACCAGUGACGUCAAACAUGUCGAGGCGGAGAUGCAACAGGAGGCCAAGUCGGUCCAAUCGACUCCAAUAAAAGAGUUACACGUUGUAAAAACGGCAGUGAGAAAAGAUCAAAGUAAAAGACCACCACUGGAAAAUAACGCAACACCUGUCACUUCACCUGCUCGGCAGCCUGGGAAAUCAAAAAGUGUUAAAUCUACACCUGUGAAAAGGAAACCCAGAGGAGACAGUUCCACACCAGUCAAAAAGAUCAGCACAUUUGCAGAAGACGCUUCAGAAAAAGAGAGUAAACGCAAAGGAAAAGCUGGUUUUAAUGAGUUAGAGAACACAUCUCAGAGAAUGAAGGGCAGAGCUGCAGAUAAGCCGAAGCUAUCUGAUGGUGACGGUGUUAAAGAUGAGAUCAAAAAGAAGACGAAAGACUCUAAAGUGAAGGAUUCACCUUUUGAAGCUCGCAGUGAUUCCAUAUCCUCACAAAACCCCGAGAGGAAAGAGGUGGUUUCCGUCCGGGGUGCCAAAUCCCUGCCAGGCCCUGAACCGGCUGAAAGGGAGCCGCAGGUGUCUGAAACAGAAAGAGAAGCAGAGAAGCCGAGGUUUGGGGAAAUCCUGAGUACGGCAGCCACUCUUAUCCCCGUUGUUGGGAUCGCCGGUGCAGCUGCUGGGAUGCUGAGCGAGGCAGUGACAAGCGUAGCGGGCUUCCAGUCCGACCGGGAUACAGACGCACCGAUACCAACGACAACACCCAGUCGGAUGAAGCAGUUCACAAAGCAAAGUGCAAUCACACAGCCUUCCCUUUCCUCGACAUUGUCACACUUUUCUUCAGCGGAAGAAAGCACAAAGAAAGACGUUCAGGUAAGCCUACAGUCAGAGUCUAAGGAUGAUGAAGAUGAAGAUGAAGAGACUCAGCAUGAGUCAGAAGAAAAGCUGGAGGAAAGUGAUGUUUUAGAGAUGGUCAACUCAAAAAACGAGGGGGAGAACAGUGAUGGAGACGUUGAGACUUCCCAGCAGGAACAUGAAGAAGUGAAGUCCUACAAGCCUUCAGAAGAUGAUGAUGAAGAUACUGAAGAUGACGAGGGAGCGAGUGGAAGCGUUGUGGAAAACAAAGCGGGAGAAGAGGAGGAGGAAAGUGGAAUCAGCAAAGAAAUAGAAGAGGAAAAGGAGGAUGUUUCUGGAGAGGAGGAAGAAGGAGAUAAGGGAACUGCAGAGGAAGAUGGGGAGGAGGAAACAGGCUCCAGCAACGAGGAAGAAGAAGACGAAGGAAGUGUGAUGAAGAGUGAUGUUACAGAGGCCGAGGAAGAGGAGGAGGAGGAGGAGGAGGAUAGAGAGAGCAGAGAGGAUACUGGUGAGGAAGGGAGUGACUCUGAGGUUAGUGAAGCAGCAGAGGAGGAGGGAGGUGAAGAGGAAGAAAGUGUUGGGGGUGAGGAAGACGAAGAUGAAAGUCUAGAAGAAUCAGGAAGUGUAGCUCAGACAGAGGAGGAGGAGGGCGAGGAGGAGGAGGCUGCAGAGUCUUUUCUUGAAGAUGAGGAUAACGAGGAAGAGGAAGAAAAUGAGGAUGAAGCAGAGGACGAGGGUGAAACUGAGGAAGAGAAAGAUGAGCAAGACUCCACCGAAAGUGAGGAGGAGGAGGAGGAGGAGGAAGAUUCAGUAGAAGAUAGUGAAGAAUCUGACGAGAGCAAGGAAGCUGAAGAGGAGAAGCGGGAUGAAACGAGUCCUGAAAAUGAGGAAGAGGAAGAAGAAAACAGCGGGGAUGAAGAGGAGGAAAAGACUGAUGAUGAAAAUGAAGAGGAGGAUGAAGAGGGUGAGGGAGAAGCAUCUUCAGAUGAAAGGAAAGAGGACAAUGACACUUCAGACGAUGAAGGAGAAGAAGAAGAAGAGGGGAAUGAGGAUGAGGUGGAAGAGGAGGAAGAGGAAGCUGAAGAGCAAGAUGAAGGUGAAGACGAGGAAGCAGAAGAUGAUGACAAAGAAGAGACUGAAAGUGAAGAGGAGGAAGGAAAAGAGAGAAGUGUUGAUGAAAGUGUGGUAGAAGCGAGCGAUGAUGAGGAAGAAGAGGAGGAAGGGGGUGAAGAAGAGGAAGGAAAAGAGAGAAGUGUUGAUGAAAGUGUGGUAGAAGCGAGUGAUGAUGAGGAAGAAGAGGAGGAAGGGGGUGAAGAAGAGGAAGGAAAAGAGAGAAGUGUUGAUGAAAGUGUGGUAGAAGCGAGUGAUGAUGAGGAAGAAGAGGAGGAAGGGGGUGAAGAAGAGGAAGACGAGGAGGAUAAAAAUCAGAGAGAAAAAACAAAACAGGAUCGAAUAAUGGGAAAGAAAGAUAAUGAUGCUGAGGAAGCUGAAGAUGAGAGUGAGGAAGAAGCUGAUGAAGAAGAAGAGGAGGAGGAGGGGGAGGAAGGGGCAGAUGAGGAAGAGGAGGAUGAAACAAAGAAGGAGAUGAAACUCAGUAAUCAAAGAGGAAAAACAAAACAGGAUCGAAAGAAUGAUUCUGAAAAAGACGAAAGUGAAGCUGAGUCUGAUGGAGGAGAAGAAGAGGAAGAGGGGAGUGAGGAAGAAGCUGGUGAAGAAGAGGAGGAGGGGGAGGAAGAGGCAGCUGAGGAAGAUGAGAAUGAAAAGAAUAUUAAGCCAAAGAAGGAGAUGAAACUCGCUAAUCAAAGGGGGAAAACAAAACAGGAUCAAAAGAAUGAAUCUGAAAAAGAAGAAAGUGAAGAUGAGGCUGAUGGAGGAGAAGAAGAGGAAGAGGAGAGUGAGGAAGAAGCUGGUGAAGAGGAGGAGGAGGAAGAAGCUGGUGAAGAGGAGGAGGGGGAGGAAGAGGCAGAUGAGGAAGAUGAGGAAGAUCAAAAGAAUGAUUCUGAAAAAGAUGAAAGUGAAGACGAGGCUGAUGAAGAAGGAGAAGAAGAGGGAGAAGAGAGUGAGGAAGAAGCUGGUGAAGAGGAAGAGGAGAGUGAGGAAGAAGCUGGUGAAGAAGAAGAUGAGGGGGAGGGGGAGGAAGAGGAGUCUGAUGAAGAAGAAGAAGAAGAAGAAGAAGAGGAGAGUGAGGAAGAAGCUGGUGAAGAGGAAGAGGAGAGUGAGGAAGAAGAAGAAGAAGAAGAGGAAAAGCCAAAAUUACCAAUAUCAAAAAAGGGAGUUAAACAGAAGUCUCCUGCUACAGACAGGAAAGAGAAGCAACAGAAAGAGAAACCAAAACCAGCUCCGAGGACGAAGAAGAAACCCGAUGACCCUAAACAGUUCUGGAACGACGUGCUGCCACAGUACCUCGAUCUUGAGUGACAUCUUUAGUACCUUGACG